AUGCUUCUUAAUAUAGAAUUUUAUCUUUAUUUUCCAGAUGGUACAUUAUUACAUUCAAUUUAGAAUCUGAGAUAUUGAUAAAAUUUAAGAAGUAUGAAAUUCGUAAGUUCUUUGAUGGUCAGAUUCAAUUUACAUAAAAUGAAUAACAAUCAAUCUAAUAAUUCAAGCAAAAAUAUUAAGUUUAAAAGGAAGAUUCAUUCAUUUUAAGAAUGUUAUAUGCUACUAAAUUUAAGUUUGAUAAAUGUUUAGAAGCUAUUAAAAAUUAUGAUGAAUGGCAAUAAAGUAGAAAUCUUAAAGUGAAUCCUAUGUCAUAAGAGUUGUUGGUAUUGAUAAAAUUCAAUCAAUAGCAACAAGGAGUGAUAUAUAUGCAUGGAAGAGAUAAUAGAUUUCGUCCAAUUCUUGUUGUUAAUGCUAGAAAAGUUGCAGGAGCUAAAGACAUAGAUAUCCUACUUUAAUCAAUAUCAAUAUUUUUAGAUUACGUUUUAACAAAUUGUAUGCUUCCUGGUUAAAUUGAAAAUUGGUAUAUCAAAUCUUUUAGUUAGGAUUGUUAUUAUGGAUUUAGGAGGAUUAGGUAUUAUGGGGUUGCCAAAAUAAGAUCUUUAUAGAAUUAUGAAUUAUCUCUCCAGUAAUUAUAGAUCAAGAAUGCAUAAAUGUUACAUAAUUAAUUGCACCAAAACUCUUAGUAUUACAUGGGCUAUGAUUAAAACAUUUUUAGAAGAUAUAACUGUAAUAUAUAAUUCUUUUAUCAUAGGUUAAUAAAAUACUUUUUGAAAAUUCUCCUAUUUCCUUACUCUAAUAUGCUAAUCCUUAAUAAUUAGAAAAGAAAUAUGGAGGUAUUGCUAAUGAUAAAUUUGAUAAUUUUUGGUAAUCAUACUUAUUAUUAAUUAGGCCUCCUUAAGAAAUCAGUGCUAAUUAUUAAAUAGCUGUUGAUUAAAUCAAGUUGAUAGAGAAACCCGCAUAUAUUGAGCUAUUCAAAUAAGGUAAAUUAGCCAAGAACCGCAUUUGCCCAGAAUUAAUUAAACUCUAAAAAUUAGAACAAAAUAAUCAACAAAUCAAAUUAUAAUAGCAAUCUGAAGAUGGAUUUCAAUCUUGUGAAGAUGACAAUGAUAUAUGA